AUGGCUACAUACCAAGUGACUGAUCUGGUAUCCGGAUUAAAAUCUCGACAUGCGGAGACGCGGCAUAAAGCGAUCCGAGAAUUAUUGCACUUCGCCAGAACAGACCUCAGAGAGAUGUCUCAGGACUCCCUGUCUCAAGUUCUAGAUGAUUUCAAUCAGCAAAUACACGCAAUGACUUCUAGUUACGAUACGAAUGAGAAGAAAGCCGGAAUACUUACAAUAGUAUGUCUUAUUGGUGGGGAUACUGAAACAACUAAAACAAGGACUCUUCGGUAUGCUGACUACUUACGAAACAUAUUCCCUUCAACAGAUAUGAGUGUACUGGAACUGGCAGCAAAGACCAUGGGUCGCUUAGCUGUGACUUUAGGUGUUAAGAGAGGUGAUUAUGUCGAAUUUGAAGUAAAAAGAGCUUUUGAGUGGUUAAAUGAUGAUAGGAAUGAAGGUAAAAGACUGUCAGCUGUUUUGAUUUUGAAAGAGUUAGCAAUUGCAAUGCCUUCAUAUUUUUAUCAGCAUGUAAAUGGAUUUUUCAACCACAUAAUGAUAGCUCUUCGAGACCCAAAAGAUCAAGUUAAAGAAGCAGCAGCUAAAGCUUUGAGAGCAGCGCUAGUUGUCACUGCUCAGAGAGAACUUCCUGAACAAAGUAAUAAAGCUCAUUGGUAUAUACAAAGUUUUGAAGAAGCUCAUGCAGCCUUCAGGAGUAGAGAUGAUAGUAUACAUACAGCAUUAUUGAUUUUAAAUGAACUUCUGAGAUGUUCUAAUAGUACUUGGGAGAAAAAAUAUACAACACUGAUGCAAAAACUACAUUCAGAACAGGACAUGUCUGAUGAUAUAUCCUCAUUAAAUGUCAAAAUUCAGAAUUCAUGGUCUAUACACACCUUUUCUGAGGAGAAACAGGUUUCUACAAUUUAUGAAUCUAGUAUUUGCAAAUUCCUGAUUUCAGACAAAUAUGACACUAUUUGCAGUAUGAUAUGUGCUGAUCUUAUGAUUCAGCAUGUAUCAAAAGUUCAAAAUGUUCAUCAAAUGCUAUUGCUUAUAAUUCCUAGAUUAGCUGCUUUUAAUAGGGAAGCAUUUGCUAAGAAACAUCUUAAAUCAGUUGUUAAUCACUUAAUAACUUUUCUUCAUGGAAAGGAGAAAGAGAAAGCUAUGGCUUUUACAACAUUGGGCCUUAUAUGUGUGGCUGUUGAGGCUGAUGUUCAACAAUAUUUAAGCAGAAUUAUAGAAAUAAUUAAAUUAUCACUACCUAUCAAAGAUUCAUUGAAGAAACGUAAUGGAAUAGACACUCCUUUAUUUAACUGUGUGACAUUAUUAGGUUUUGCUAUGAAAGAAAAUGUUGCUAGUGAAAUGAGAGAAUUAUUGGAACCAAUGUGUGCAACAGGUCUAAGCCCACAGCUGACUACUUGUUUCAAAGAAUUAAGUCAAAAUUUGCCAUCAUUAAGAAAAGAAAUAACAGACAGACUUUUAAACAUGUUAUCAAUAAUACUAAGAAAAAAACCAUACAAUCCUAGUCAUUCAGAACAUCAAAUUGUCUAUAUCAUGUCAACAGCUUUGAUGGUAGAGGCCCAUGAUGCUUCAAAGUUGGUUUUAGCAUUGAGAACAUUGGGUUCUUUUGAUUUCGAGUGGAACAAUACUCUUAUGUCAUUCAUAAGGAGGUGUACAGAUCAUUAUCUACUUAGUGAACAGCAUGAUGUACGUUUGGAAACUGUAAAAACUACAGCAAGAUUAUUAAUUAAAGCAGUUGAGCGCUGUACUCAGACUAAUUCAAGGACCUUAAACUUGUUAGUUGAUGAAUCUCUUGGCAAACUUUUGUCGGUGGGUAGAUCAGAUUUUGAUCAUGAAAUUCGAUAUAGAGUUUUAGAAAUUUUUACCAAUUCUAUCUUUGAUAAAUAUUUAGCAGUAGAGGAACAUUUAAAUUGUCUAUUUGUUGCUAUUCAUGAUUCAAAUUCUGAAGUGGGUGAUUUGGCACUGUGUGUUGUUGGAAGAUUGAGUAAUAUGAAUCCAAGUUAUACUACACCUACCCUUCGCCAAUUAUUUGUACAAAUUUUAAUGGAAUUGCAACAUUCAGAGUCUACAGGUAACAAGGAACAGUCAUUGAGAAUGGUAAACAAUAUUAUUUGCCAUGCUCCUAGAAUUACAAGACAGUUUAUUGACACCAUCCUUAAAGUACUUGUACCAAAAUUAAGGGAAGAGCAGAGUAAUACUACUAUGGUGUCAACAAUAUUGAAAGCUAUUGGAGAUUUGGCUGAAGUUAAUGGAGGAGGAAAUGCUCUGAAUCAGUGGCUCCAUGAGUUGAUGGCAAUUCAAAUUGAAAUACUUUCUGACCCUAAUCAGCCUGAAAAAAGAAGUGUAGCACUAUGGUCAUUUGGACAAACAAUAAGUGCCACAGGCCAUGUGGUUAUGCCAUACAUGGAAUAUCCACAGUUAAUGGACUUACUGCUUAAUUUUUUGAAAUCGGAACAUCAUUUGAGGGAUAGACGGGAAACAAUACGUGUUUUGGGACUAUUGGGUGCCCUGGAUCCUUAUAAGCACAAAGUUAAUCAGGGAUUAAUUGAUUUCCAGACUAUAUCCACUUUGAUACCUAUCACGACAAAGAAUGACCACUUUGAGACAAAUGUUAGUGAAAUGCUCGUAAAUAUGUCUCCACUAAUUCUCGACGAGUUUUAUCCUGCCAUUGUCGUAACGUCGUUGGUAAGAAUUCUGCGUGACCCGUUAUUAGCUCAGUAUCACACAAAUGUUGUACAUUCAGUAACAAUUAUAUUCCAAUCACUUGGCAUCAAGUCUGUUCCAUAUAUUUCCCGUGUUACUCCUAGUCUGCUGUAUGUGAUACGUAAUACUGACAAUGGUAAAUUUCGGGAAUUCCUCCUCACACAACUCGCUCAGUUGAUUUCAGUGGUGAAAAUACACAUUAGAACCUAUUUAGAAGAUAUAUUUGAAAUUAUUAAGGAAUAUUGGAAACCAGAUAGUCAACUACAACCUACCAUAAUAAUGUUAAUUGAACACAUCACUGUGGCUAUAGGGAUUGAGUUCAAAAUAUAUUUGAGGAAAAUAUUACCAAAUAUUCUUAGAGUAUUAAAGUAUGAUCGAACCAAAGAUAGAUAUUUGACAGAAAAAAUGUUGUUGACCAUACAAAAGUUUGAAAACAAUUUGGAUGAUGUACUACUGUCUAUAGUACCUGCUAUUACUGGACUCUUUGAUGGAAGAAAUAUUCCUACUGCAAUAUCGAAAUUGGCAAUGGAGACUAUCAAGCACCUUUCUAUGUACUUGUAUUUCAGACCAUAUGCUGCUGUUAUAAUACAGGCACUUGCUAAGGUGUUGGAUAAUAAUCCAUUAUUAAGACAGACAGCAAUGAAUACCCUCUGUGCUCUCAUUGUGCAAUUAGGACGAGAAUAUAUUGACUACAUACCAUCAAUUGAUCGUAUAUUGGCAAAGCAUAAAAUACAAUUUCCAGAGUACAUUGUAUUGGUCACAAGGUUGCAAGUUGUGUCAACCCUAGCAUCUGAUGACGACUAUUUAGAUGAAACGCGUACGAGGCUACGUAAUCAAAAGAACGCUACUAUGGGCAAAACAAGCGAUACACAAACAAUUCAGAAGUUGUCUGUGAAUGUUGAAAACUUACGAAAGUGUUGGUCCACAAGGAGCAUCAUCUCGAAAGAAGAUUGGAUCGAAUGGUUACGUCAUCUUAGUGUGGGACUAUUAACAGAGUCCAACAGCCCAGCCAUUAGGGCAUGUUCAACAUUAGCCCAAAACUAUCCUCAAUUGGCACGAGAUUUGUUUAAUCCAGCAUUUAUGUCUUGUUGGACCGAACUUGGUGAGGAGCCGCGCCGGGAGCUCAUAACUGCCUUAGAGCGAGCUUUAACUGAUCCCGAUUCCACGGAAAUAGCGCUUGCUGUUCUUAAUUUGGCCGAGUUCAUGGAGCACUGUGAAAAAGGGGCACUUCCCAUAUCUAUUAAACUACUUGGUGAUACAGCUAUCAAAUGUAGAGCUUAUGCCAAAGCUCUGUACUAUAAGGAAACCGAAUAUAGAAGAAAUCCGUCAACUCUCGUUGUAGAAGCUCUUAUACAUAUUAACAAUAAACUGCAGCAAAAAGAGGCUGCCAGUGGUCUAUUAGAAAAUGUUAUUAUUCAACAGAAAGAUGGAGAUUGUUCUUUAAAUGUUCAUGUGAGAUGGUAUGAAAAGCUUCAUAACUGGGAACAAGCCUUAGAUCUGUACAAUAAAAAAUUGGAGGUGGAACCACAGGACAAAGAAUCUAAACUUGGCUCAAUGAGGUGCUUGGAAGCUAUGGGCGAGUGGCGAAAAUUGUACAACAUUACAACUGAUCAGUGGGAUAGUAUGUCUGAAGAUAUAAAAAAGAAGUCAUCAAAAAUUGCUGCAGCCGCCUGUUGGGGUUUGCAGGAAUGGGAUUCUAUGAAGAAGUAUGUUGAUUGCAUACCAGAAAGUACUCAAGAAGGUUCUUUUUACAGAGCAAUUAUCGCUAUUCGUGAAGGACAAUGGACAGAAUCAAGGCAUUACAUCGAUUCUGCUAGAACCCUAUUGGAUGGUGAAUUGACUGCUGUUGUUGGUGAAAGUUACCAAAGAGCUUAUGGAGCCCUUGUCAAUGCUCAGUUAUUGACAGAGCUGGAGGAAGUUGUUACAUAUAAGCUGAUUGAAGAAAGACGAAAUGUUAUCUGCAAAAGUUGGUGGUUAAGAUUACAGGGAGGUCAAAGACUUGUAGAAGAUUGGAGAAAAUUACUACAGAUUCGUAGUCUAGUACUAUCUCCACGAGAGGAUUUUCAAACAUGGUUGAAAUUUGCUUCUUUAUGUCGAAAAACUGGUGCCAUGAAUCAAGCCCGUAAAAUAAUAAUAUCCAUAUUAGGUUCAGAUCCUAUUGCGAAUUCAGAUGUACUGCUACGUAUCCAGGACCCGCGUGUAGUCUUAGCGUACAGUAAAAACCUAUGGGAGACUGGUAACAAACGUUAUGCUUAUGAUGUAUUACAAAGAUUUGUUGACAAUUUUGAACCAGAUAGUGAUGACCACUGUAGGCUUUUAGCGCGUUGUCAUUUGAAACUAGGUUCAUGGUGUGAAUCUCUUCACGAAAUAAAUGAGUUAUCUAUACCAGAAAUAUUGCGGAACUACGCAGCUGCAAAUAACCUCGCACCCGAUUGGUAUAAAGCAUGCCAUGCAUGGGCUUGUAUGAAUUUUGAAACCGUUCUUUUUUAUAAACAGCAAGAUAACACGUCAGAGAGCAGUUUGGCGGGCGGUUCAGGGGAAAAGAAAGUGUCUAGAGCAGAUUUUAUAAAUACCCAUACAAUACCAGCGAUUGAAGGGUUCUUUAAAUCUAUUAGCUUGUCAAAUGGAAACGCACUCCAAGAUACUUUGCGACUCCUAACGCUGUGGUUUGAUCAUGGUCAUAAUACCGUUAUUUAUGAUGCCCUAUUUGAGGGAAUCCGACAAAUUGACAUUAAAAUUUGGCUGCAAGUUAUACCGCAAUUGAUAGCUAGAAUAGAUUCACCGAGGAGUUUAGUUGCUAAGUUGGUGCAUAUUCUUCUUAUCGACAUAGGAAAAUUACACCCGCAAGCUUUAGUUUAUCCAUUAACUGUAGCUACAAAAUCGUCGUUUAUUUCACGGAAGAAUGCAGCGAAUUAUAUCUUGAAUACUAUGUGCACGCACUCCCAGAACUUAGUAAACGAGGCGGCUGUAAUAUCUGAGGAAUUAAUUAAAGUCGCCAUUCUAUGGCAUGAUCAGGUUUUCAUUGCCCUUGACGAAGCUUCUAGGCUAUAUUUCAGUGAAAAAGACUAUAGAGGCAUGUUUAAAACUUUAGACAAAAUGCACGCGAUGUUGAAUCGACCUCCUGAAACAUUGAAGGAGGUAUCCUUCCUUCAGAUGUACGGACGAGAUCUACAAGAGGCGCAGCGGUGGUGCGAACUUUAUAAAGCUACUGGCGAAGACAAGUAUUUAAACGAAGCAUGGGAUUUGUACUACCACGUGUUCCGUCGUCUCCUGACGCAGUUCCGCUCGCUUACAUCCCUAGAAUUACAGUAUGUCAGCAAGCGACUCCACAACUGCAAGGACUUUGAACUCGCAGUGCCUGGCUCCUAUGUGCCUAAUGAAAAGAUUAUACGGAUAUCCACCAUAGAUAGUCAUUUGCAGGUAAUAAAAUCCAAGCAGAGACCACGACGACUCACAAUUCAGGGUUCAGACGGCAAACAGUACAUGUUCCUACUGAAGGGCCACGAGGACCUUCGCCAAGACGAACGGGUGAUGCAGUUAUUUGGACUUGUGAACACUCUACUACAAGCCGACAUCAACACGUAUAGACAUGAUCUUGCUAUACAAAGAUAUGCCGUUAUACCCCUGUCUCCUAACUCUGGUCUCAUCGGCUGGGUGCCUCAAUGUGAUACUCUCUAUAACCUCAUAAGCGACUACCGUGAUAAAAAGUCCAACAAAAUGGGCUUGAAUAUGGAGCAGCAAAUUAUGUUGCGUAUGGCAUCUGAUUAUAACAAGCUCUUAUUGAAGCACAAGGUGGAAGUUUUUGAGCAUACACUAUCACAGACACCUGGUAACGACCUGGCGAGGUUACUUUGGCUUAAGAGUCCUUCAGCCGAGGCGUGGUUCGAACGGCGUACAAACUAUACUCGUUCGCUGGCCGUCAUGAGCAUGGUAGGCUACAUCCUCGGCCUUGGAGAUAGGCACCCCUCGAAUAUAAUGCUACACCGAGUUACUGGAAAAGUUCUCCAUAUUGACUUUGGGGACUGUUUUGAAGUGACACAGACAAGAGAGAAAUUUCCUGAGAAGAUACCCUUUAGAUUGACACGCAUGUUAAUCAAUGCGAUGGAAGUGACCGGAAUUGAAGGCACAUACCGUUUCACGUGUGAAUCUGUGAUGCAAGUGUUACACAAACAUAGGGACAGUGUGAUGGCAGUACUGGAAGCGUUUGUGUACGAUCCCUUGUUGAACUGGCGACUAGUCGACAACGAUUAUCGAUCGCUUACCGAGUCUAACUUCUCUUCAGACAUCGACUCCUCAUAUACGCUCCCUAGUAGGAGCCGCAACCAUCUCCACUACGAAUCAAUAGAAAUGCCACCAGAAGCGAAUUUAAAUAAACGCGCUCUUGCCAUAUUAAACAGAAUACGAGAUAAGCUAACCGGACGCGAUUUUCCGCAUGUGGAAUCUGUGGUUAGUGUACCCAAACAGGUGGACUUGUUAAUAAAAUUAGCGACUAAUAACGAAAAUUUGUGUCAGUGUUAUAUAGGAUGGUGUCCAUUUUGGUAAAACGUACA